AUGGCUCUUCAGUUUAAGAUUCUUGGGAGGUUCAAUCGUGCUCGAGCAGCUCAGCUCACACUCCCUCACUUUGGUUGCCAAACGCCACUAUUUAUGCCUGUGGGUACCCAAGGCACAAUAAAAGGUCUAACGACUAGUCAGCUUGAGGAAAUUGGUUGCCAAAUAAUUCUCGGAAACACUUACCAUUUGGCCCUUCGUCCAACUUCAGAGCUUAUUGACGAGUUGGGGGGCCUCCAUAAUUUCAUGAAUUGGCCAAGGGCUUUGCUCACUGACUCGGGUGGCUUUCAAAUGGUCUCAUUAUUGCAUUUGGCCGAUAUUACGGAGAAGGGUGUCACAUUUCAGUCACCGGUCGAUGGGAAGCCCAUGCUACUUACUCCAGAAGAGUCAAUACAAAUACAAAACCGAAUAGGAGCCGAUAUUAUUAUGGCACUUGAUGACGUCGUUAAGACUACUAUUACUGGCCCACGGAUUGAAGAAGCAAUGUAUCGUACGCUUCGUUGGAUAGAUAGGUGCAUAAAAGCACACAAGAGACCCCAUGAUCAGAAUUUAUUUGGAAUUGUACAAGGUGGUUUAGAUCCAGUCUUAAGGGAUAUAUGUGUCAAGGGUUUGGUGGAACGAGAUUUACCAGGCUAUGCAAUUGGUGGGCUUGCAGGAGGUGAAGAUAAAGAUUCAUUUUGGCGAGUUGUUGCCCAGUGCACAGCUGCAUUGCCUGAGAAUAAGCCUCGAUAUGUUAUGGGUAUUGGUUAUCCUCUGGAUAUUGUAGUUUGCAGUGCAUUAGGUGCUGACAUGUACGAUUGUGUCUAUCCUACCCGUACAGCUCGUUUUGGGACUGCUCUUGUGCCUGAGGGAGUUUUAAAACUUAAAAACCAAGCAAUGGCUAAUGAUACUCGACCGGUCGACCCUACGUGUGAAUGCAUGGUUUGUAAAAAGUACUCGAGAGCAUACAUUCACUGCCUUGUCACCAAAGAUGCAAUGGGAUCUCAACUUUUAUCUUAUCACAAUUUAUUUUACAUGAUGAAGCUUAGCAGGGAUUUACACUCAUCAAUUGUGGAAGGCCGGUUCCCACAGUAUGUUUUAUCUGUUCUAUUCCCGAAAGGAGACGUUCCUCAGUGGGUAUGCAAUGCAAUGGAGGUGGCUGGCAUCGACAUAUCUUCAUGUUGUCCUACAUAUUUGCCACCCUCAGGGACCGAUAUGAAAUUUUAUGUCAAGAAGGUGCCCAAGUCGAAAAUAGAUUUGACGGAUGAGGAGACUCUACAUGUAAAAAAAGCAAUUUUGGAAAGUGGAACCCAACCCCAAAUCAAUCCCGGGUUAUAUUACACUUAA